AUGUCCACACUAAUUAUCCCAUUUGUUUCAGCUGGGAAUGUCCCUCAGUUAUGUACAGACCUUUUGUUGCACUCUCUAAGAGAGGAAUUCAGGUUUAUUAAGGAACUUAACUCAAAAUGGUUACAUGCGUUUCUUGGGCCAUUGGACUACGCAGAUAAGAAUGAUAACCCACUAUAUAGUGGAUCGCCGAGUAAGAGGUAUACCACUCCUUUAGAGUUGUUUUACAACAAAAAGCGGGACACAUACGUUAUACAGCAGAGGUCCCCCGUGUUCGAGGGUCAUGAGAACGAGUUUUGUAAGCAGGUUUUAGUGCCACUUAUACAGGAAUUGGCUCCUAAGCGGGUUCUUAUUUUAGAUUCCAUUUCACCUUUUGAAUCUAAUGUACCUGUUAGCUCAAAUACUGAAUCAAGGUUUUCUGUAGGUACUUGUGCCGUGUCGUCGAUUGAUGAUGUUGCAAGGGAAUUUGCGGAAGGUCUACACAUUUCUAAAGAAGGGGAGCUAUCUGUAAAUAAAAACCUCUUCUCUUUUACUGCACAGAGCUUUCAGGACGGCAUAUCUACGGAGCAAUUUAUUUUCAAAUUCAUCUACCAUUUACUGAAUUCAGUGGUUCCCAUGAGUUCUAGCCUUGAUUCUGUCAUCUACAUCGCUAUGUCGAUUAAUGAGGGUGACAAUAAUCAGGAUGCUCAAUUGAUGUGCGAAAUGUUACCCCAGUUAUGGGAUGGCUUUCCUAAGAUAACAAAAUUCACUGCACCCGUGUCAUGGAAUGGCGUUUAUGGCAGUAGGCCGAUCCCCGAUGGAUAUGAUGAGGGUCUAUAUGUAUAA